UAAAAAAAAAUUACAGAAAGGGUUACUCAAAAGUUAAUGUACUUACACCUUGCAAGUACAGUAUAAAUACCAUCAAAUACAAAAUGUGAGAAUUUAAUGCUAGUCUUUGUUGUACAUGACAGCAAACUGGAUAUCUUUGCGAUUUUUCUUCAUUUUUAGUUUUUCUUAUUCAUAGUUGGCAACGUAAUCUAAAAAUAGCCGGAAUGUUGCGCACUUUCUAAAACAGUUCAUUGUCAUGUUUUUUUAAUGAGCUUCCAACGUCUCGACGGUAUGCGGCCUAUCUUAACCUGUAUUAAAUAAAUAGUGUACAAACACCGGUGAACGACUUAAAGUGUCUUCACAUUCUGGGUUGGAGGACAGCAGACUGAGCCCUGUACCCAAGAGAGUAAAGCCAACUUACUUGGCCGUGGAUAAAGAGAACCAAAUCAUCGGUUAUGUAGUGCCCAUCUUCAGGAGCAGUCAAGAUUUUGCUACAGGACUUUCAGAUACAGAAGAAGCAAGGACGAGAGACACAGCUGCAUACAUGGCCCGCAGGGAUUUGUUCACCAGUGGUUUAGAGAUGGAGAAGUCCGAGCUGGCCUCUAGGAGGGAGACCAUGCGAGAGUCGGCAGAGCGUAUCUCCCUUACAAAAAAGAUCCAUGAACAUGAGGAGCACUUCAAGCGCAUGAAUGAAGACAGCCUGUUGCACGCCCCAGAAUUUGUGAUCAAACCUCGCUCCCACACCAUAUGGGAGAAGCAGUGUGUGCGGCUGCACUGCACUGUCAGCGGCUGGCCGGAGCCACGGGUCGUGUGGUACAAAAACAAUGUGGCAAUUGACCCUCUUGCAAACCCUGGCAAGUAUAAACUUGAGAGCAGAUACGGAGUGCACUCACUGGAGAUUAAUAGAUGUGAUUUUGACGACACAGCGCAGUAUCACGUCUCUGCCAUGAAUACCAAGGGAGAACUUUCUGCGUAUGCUUCAGUCAUUGUUAAGAGGUUCAAAGGUGAAAUUCAUGAGUUCUUGCCAGCACCGAGACUUGCCCCAGUGUCUGAGUAUGGCAUCACCUUCCAGACUCACAUUGCUGAUACGUUUGGUGUAUCAUUUGGAAGAGAGGGGGAGACCAUGACUCUGGGGUGUACAGUCGUCAUCUACCCUACCCUGGAGCGCUACCAGCCAGAGAUUCAGUGGUACAGAGAUGAUGUCCUGUUGUCUCCUUCUAAAUGGCACCACAUGCACUGGAGUGGAGACCGAGCCACCCUGACACUCACACACCUCAACAAAGAGGAUGAGGGGCUCUACACCUUACGGGUCAGCACUAAAUCUGGAUAUGAAACCUACUCGGCCUAUGUCUUUGUCAGAGAUGCUGAUGCUGAACUCGAAGGAGCUCCUGGUGCCCCUCUAGAUGUUCGCUGUCUGGAUGCCAACAAGGAUUACAUUAUUGUCACUUGGAAGCAGCCAGCAGUUGAUGGUGGCAGCUCCAUCCUGGGCUACUUUGUGGACAGGUGUGAGGUUGGAACCACCCACUGGAUUCAGUGCAAUGACACCCCAGUCAAGUUUGCCCGUUUCCCUGUCACUGGCUUGGUGGAGGGUCGUUCUUAUAUUUUCCGUGUCCGCGCUGUGAACAAGUGUGGUAUGAGUCACCCAUCCAGAGUGUCUGAACCAGUGGCUGCCAUGGACCCAGCGGACCGCGCCCGCAUGAGAGGUACCUCUGCCCCCUGGACUGGCCAAAUCAUUGUCACAGAGGAGGAACCUGCAGAGGGUGUUGUUCCUGGCAGACCUUGUGAACUACAGGUGACAGAAGCAACCAAGAACUAUGUGGUGCUGAGCUGGAAGCCACCUGGGGAGAAAGGCCUUGAUAGUGUCAUGUACUAUGUGGAAAAGUGUGUCUCUGGCACAGACAGCUGGCAGAGGGUAAACACAGAGAUCCCAGUCAAGUCUCCUCGAUUUGCUCUGUUCGAUCUCGCUGAAGGGAAAUCCUACAGGUUCCGCGUCCGCUGCUGCAACUCUGCCGGUGUCGGUGAACCUUCUGAACCAACGGAGGCCACCACAGUUGGUGACAAGCUUGAUAUCCCACCUGCACCAGGCAAAGUUGUUCCCAGUAGAAACACAGACACGUCAGUCGUUGUGUCUUGGCAAGCAUCCCAUGAUGCCAAGGAGCUGGUUGGAUACUACAUUGAGGGGAGUGUUGUGGGCAGCAAUGUGUGGGAGCCAUGCAACAACAAGCCUGUAAAUGCUACCAGGUUCAUCUGCCACGGUCUGACAACAGGAGAGAAGUAUGUGUUCAGGGUGAGAGCAGUGAACGCUGCAGGAAUCAGCCAGUUCUCCCAGGAGUCUGAACCUGUGGAGGUGAAGGCUGCUAUCGGGGGCGGCAUCCCUCAUGGUGUGUUGCCAGAGAUGGGGACAGGGGGUAACGUGGGCCAACUAACCAAGCACAGGCCACUCUGGGCAGACGCGCAUGGAUCUGUCCAUUCCCCUCCUGCCACUAUGCAGAAGUGCAAUAUAAAAGCUCAGGCUGACACUGAAGCCAGGGAGGGGGCCAGGGCUUCUAGCUCAGGCCUCACAGAUCUUGACCUCGUGAAGAGUAAAUGCAAAGGGGGCGAGAAAGCCAGUGUGUCCUGCGCCCCUGACCUGGCAAAAGACCUGUUCUCAGAGUCUGUGUCAGGCUCAGUUUCCAACCCACUUACUGACAUAGCUGCACACUUAGACCCAGCCACUGCCAGGGCUCAGGAUCAGGCUGUAGCAACAGCCGGUUGUACUGAAGCCGGGCAGGUACGUAAGUUGUCUAUAGAUGCUUCUGCUAAUCGGGAGACAGCAAGGCCCAGGAGUGAGCCGACAGCCUCCCCUGCUCCACCCUAUGGCAUCACUGUCCUGGAGUGUGUGCGUGAUUCUAUGGUGCUGGCCUGGAAACAGCCAACCUUCAUCGGUGGGGCUGACAUCACUGGCUACUUUGUGGAUUACCGUGAAGUGAUCGAUGGCGUGCCUGGGAAGUGGCACGAGGCCAAUAUCAAGGCUAUCAGUGAGAGGGCCUACAGAGUGUCUGACCUGAAAGAGAACAUGAAGUACCAGUUCCAGGUGCGAGCAGCCAACAUGGCAGGUGUUGGCAUCCCAUCACUGCCCAGUGACACCUUCCUUUGUGAGGAGUGGACCAUUGCUGUACCAGGGCCUCCUCAUGAUCUGCAGCUAAGAGAGGUGCGUAGUCACUCUGUAGUGUUGCUAUGGAAACAACCCGUGUACCAGGGCCGCGAUCCGGUCAACGGGUACUACAUCGACAUCAAGGAAGCGGACGCACCAGAGGAGGCGUGGAGAGGAGUCAACACCAAGGCUACAGAGAAGCCAUUCAUCAAGAUUCAGAAUCUUACAGAGGGAGAGAAGUAUGUGUUCCGUGUGCGGGCUCAGAAUAAAGCUGGUGUUGGGAAAACAUCAGACGUCUCAGAGGCAGUUACAGCUCUGACCAAACCAGGCACCAAGGAGAUAGUUGUGGAUGUUGAUGAUGAUGGUGUCAUCUCCCUAAACUUUGAAUGCGGUGGCCUGAAACCUGACUCCAAAUUUGUGUGGUCUAAGAAUUAUGAGGAAAUUACAGACCCCGAGCGUUUGUCUAUCCAGACCAAGGGAAACAAGUCCAAAGCUGCGUUCAACACUCCUGCAGAGGAGGACAUUGGCGUUUACUCCUGUCAUGUGACUCACACUGAUGGUGAUUCGUCCAGCUACACUCUCUCUGAGGAGGAGCUGAAGAGGCUGCUGGAGCUCAGUCACGACCACAAAUUCCCCAUUAUACCCUUGAAGUCAGAGUUGGCUGUGGAGAUGCUGGAAAAGGGCAGAGUUCGCUUCUGGCUGCAGGCUGCCAAGAUGUCAGCUAAUGGCAAAGUUGAUUAUGUGUUCAACGACAAUAUUCUCUCUCAGGGGGAGAAAUACAAGAUGAACUUUGACAAGAACUCUGGUGUGAUUGAGAUGAUCAUGGAGUCUUUGACCCCAGAGGAUGAGGGCACCUUCACCUUCCAGCUGCAGGAUGGGAAAGCUACUAACCAGUCCAGCUUGGUGCUGAUAGGAAACGUAUUCAAGGAGCUGCAGAAGGAAUCAGAGUUCCAGAGGAAAGAAUGGGUGAGGAAACAAGGUCCUCACUUCAUCCAGUAUUUGAGUUAUGAGGUGACACCACAAUGCUGUGUCAUACUGAAAUGCAAGGUUGGCAACAUAAAGAAGGAGACCUCAGCGCUGUGGUACAAAGACGGGCAUGAGAUCAAAUCAGACCAGCAGCUGGGCUUCACUGAGGGAGUCCUAAAUCUGGAAAUAGCUCAGGUUUCCAAGAAGGAUGCUGGUGUGUAUGAAGUUUUUCUGAAGGAUGACAGAGGGAAGGACACUUCCAAAUUGAAUCUGACAGAUAAAAGUUUCAGAGACUUGAUGAAUGAAGUUUUCAGUUAUAUCGCCAAUUCCUCAGCUCCACUAAAAAUCACAUGCACAGCAGAGGGCAUCCGACUCUACACCUUUGUGAGCUACUACAAUGAUUUACUCCAAGUGACAUGGCACUACAAGGACUCAGCCAUCGCCUUCUCUGACCGUAUAAAGAGCGGCGUGGUUGGAGAGCAGCUGUGGCUCCAGAUCACGGACCCCACAGAAAAAGACAUGGGCAAAUAUACCAUUGAGUUCCACGAUGGAAAGGGGGGCGUGAGGAGGUCUGUUGAGUUGUGUGGUCAAGCAUUUGAUGAUGCUUUUGCAGAAUUCCAGAGACUCAAAGCUGCUGCUGUUGCAGAGAGACACCGUGCUCGAAUAGCUGGAGGCCUUCCUGAUGUGGCCACCAUCCAGGAGGGCAAGGCUCUCAAUCUCACCUGCAACAUUUCGGGUGACCCUGUGCCAGAGGUCACCUGGCUGAAGAAUGACAGGGAGAUCACAUCUGACGACCACUGUAUCCUAAAGUUUGAAUCGGGCAAGUUUGCCAGCUUCACCAUCACUGCUGUGAAAACAGUGGAUUCUGGCAAGUACAGCAUCCUGGUGAAGAACAAAUAUGGCACAGAAAGCGGAGACUUCACCGUAAGUGUCUUCCUCCCUGAAGAGGCGGACGUCAAGAAAAAGUAAAAGCAGUCCAAAUCUUGUCACAUGUGUAUAAAUGAAAACCUUUUUAAAAAGGACCUGAGGAUGUGUUAGAUGUGUUGUGUAGAAUAAAUGAUCUCUACAGGUGCUGAGUCUGAACAUGAAAUGUUCAAUAGUGGAGAGUAGUUAAGAGUUGUUUCUUAAAAAUAUUUUUAAAAAGUAGCUUUUUGGUUCAGUAAUAACAAACUGAAGGUCAGACUCAAAAAUAGUAGGCCUACUGGUGCAAUUUGUUUGCUGUAGCAUGCAGAGAGGCAUUAAUUUUACUCUGUUUGCUUUAGAAGAAUACAUGAAAUAAUAACAAGAAAACUUUACUUGAUAAAGGGAAGCCACUGAUAAUAUUUUAGACACGCUAAUAGAAAGGAUGCAACACUAAGUAAUAGAAAAGAGUCGAGAUACUAGUGUGCAGUGUCUGUGAAAAAGACAUAUGGAUAUUUUAACAUUUGAUCACAUUUACUACAAAUGACACGGGCUCUGCUGCUUUUCUUACAUCACUGCUGCAUUCAGGGUGGUGCAUUCAAGUUCUGGUGAGAAUAUAGAACACCAAAGACUUUAGAUUCAGCAGCCCUCCAUGGUUUCAGCUGAAUGACCAACACCAUCAUCAGCUAGCGGAAAUAUGGUGGUGAUAUUAAAAACUUCAAGUGUCUGCAAUUGACAGUUUAGGUAACAGUAGAUAUACUAUGUACAAUAUUAGUGAUACCUCUCAAAUUCUACAGGUAGACAAUAAGUAUACAAAAAUUGCAUCAAAUGGGCUAAAACACGGUCCUUUAAUGUAUUCCAUAAUUUAUUACACUUAGUCCUGUUUUUUUGUUUGUUCUAUUUUACUUUAUAUCACUUUGAAUGAUGUGACCACUACACCACUUCCACUGGUCCCCUGUCUGUAGUACACUGUCUUCUUGUAAUUCACCAUUCACAGGCCAGCCUUAGAGAUUAUGAUCACUCCUUUAUUCAGAAUGAUGAUGAUGAUGAUAAUGAUACCACUGUAAUGAAGAUGAGUUCACUGUUAAUACAAACAGUAGUGGUUAUUGUUUCACUUCCUGUUUCAUGAUGAGACUAAUAAAAAUGAGCAUGUACU